CUCUCCUUUUUUUCUUUAGGAUUAAAGGCCCCAACUGGAAUCCAUUUGCAUCUGGAACUGGAUCAACACAAAGACCUGACGUAUUAGAAUGACUUGCAAACAAGCAAUGCCAUUUAAUGAGCAAGCAAAGUUCUUGUGCUAUAAUGGGGAAAUCCUUGUUUUUCAGUUGUCCAAAGGAGAUUUUGCAACGCCUACAGAUCCAUCCGUAUUAUAUGUCAAAAGGAUGAUGUUUGACAGAGAAACGAGUACAUUUGUGCUGACCUCCACUGGUUUUUUAAACAUUAAUGAAAAAGCUUCUGAUUUAAAAAUUCUGUGUUGUAACUGUGUAUCAGAUUUCCGAACUAGAAUUAAACUUCCUUGUAUUUUGAUACAAUGUAGAAACUACAGUAGUAAUGCUUUCAAAUAUUACAUACUAUUUCUUCACAGUCCUAAUAAAUUUGACACACUUUUGAGUUUUCAACUCAGUCAUGCACUGGAUGAAAGUGUAAAGAUCUUUGAUGGCCCUAUCGUUUUUUGGCAAUAUCUCAACAAAUUCUUCUAUAUCUCUUCCCAAAUUGGGAAGGUUACUAGCAUAACAGUUAAACUUUCCUCUAUCGAGUGGAUAGGUGAGAUUGAAACUCUUGGUGUCGUUUUUUUGGGACUAGCAGAACCACCCGAGGCUAAAUGUACCUACAAGCUUUCGGAAUCGGAUUAUGAAUUUUCCAAUUCUACCCUUUGUGCGUACGUUCUUCAAAGUCAAGAGCUGCUAAGCAAUACGUUCCUUAUCCCUCUAGCUUACAGUAGUGUAGUAACCCAUGUGCAUGUCUGUGCAGCUGAGAUGGUCGACAGCCAGUUAAGGAUGUCUCUGAUUGCCCUUACGCAAAAGAAUCAGCUCGUCUUGUUCCAGAACGGCAUUCCUGUAAGAGUAUGUCAGCUUCCAUUUCUAGAUCCUUGUUCGGUUCAAAUUCUAGACUCAGGUAAAAGAAAUCGAUUUUUCAUCGUGUCAUUCAGAUCCAAGGCUUGUGCUGUUUCCGAAAAGAAAUUUAAGGUUGUUGCUAAGUGGGAAGAACUUAGCUUAGUACUGAUAAAUGACUUUGUUGGAGUUGGAACUGAACAAGUACUGGUCGUUUUUGAGGACUCUCUGAAUGCAGAUCAGCUGACUUCAUUUGCAAUAACAGAUUUUGUCAAAAUAAGCUAUUCAACUAAGCCACUGGAUUGCGGUGAAGACCCUUUGGCUGAAGAGGAACAUGAAAAUUAUUAUUUGGUGCUUCCAGCCCUGGAAGCCCAAUUAGAAGCAGCUUUUGUUUUUCUUAACAAAUUUCAGCAGCAUAUCUCACUUAAGGAUACAUUUAUUGCAAACUCUUGGAAAGCUCUUUUAAACUCAAUUUAUGGGAACGUCAAUAGCACGCCAAGUGAUGACGAGGUUCUAAACUCAAUUUCUGAGAAUGUUGGUAGCACACCAAGUGAUGAGGAGGACUGUCUUGUUCCUUUCUGUGAUGAAGAUGAAAACAGUGUCCGAACACCUGAAGAAAAGUUACCAGACAAUUUUCCAGAGCCAGAACAUAUUAUAGAGCAGACAUGGUGUCGUAUACUAGAUGAUGACUUAGUUGUUGGCGUGAAGGUCACAUCUUUGAGGACAUCUCCUAGUGAAAUGACUUUAUCACUGAUAAUGGAUCCAGGCAACAAGUCCAGUUUUCACCUUAUGAGGUGUCAAAGUCAGGUGAUUAGUUUGAGUAUGAAUUCUUUACCAGAAGCAUACUUGAUGCCAGGGGAAGCAGAACCAGAGCUCAAAAGGAUCAAGUUGACCUCUGGUAGCAAGAAAGAGGAAAGCUCUCUUUGUGGACAAUCAUCUAAGGCAGAAUCUACACACAUAAUUACUGCCAAAACAUCUCUUUCACCACUUUUAGUAUUCAACAAAUUGUGUUGCACUUUGCUGCUAAACAUUAGUGACAGAGAUAAUGAUAAAAAUACUGUGCAUGAUUAUAUAGUAUGUGGCAACCUUGAUUUUAAUCUACAAGAUCUUUUUAGUAAGAACCACCUACUGGCAUUCCCGAAGAAGAAAUCAAUAGAACAUAUGGAAGAUCUUUAUUCACUUCUUGCAGUAUUGCAAAAGUAUUGUUUUCGUGUCACAUCACCUACCCAUGCCCCGAAUUUAAUGAAGAUAUGGCUCUUGAAACACAUGAAAUGUGAAAGAAUCAAAGAGUGUAGAGAAAUAUACCUUUAUAAAAAGCUACAAAAUUGUGGAGCACUCUUUUUCUGGGAGCAAAGAACAACAUUUGAAGGAAAUUUAACAAUAUAUUGCAGGAAUCACGGAGUUUUGUUCCAGUGUCUUGACCAUCUCAUUAAAGUUCUCCCUGAAAAAUGUGUCUUUAAGUAUCUGAAAUUAGGAAAGGGGGAUUUCUUAGUUGAUCAUUUGUCAUGUGCUUUGGAAGAUGAGCUAGUUACCUUUUGUUCUCUUUCUACUUCUGCCUCUGAAUAUGUUAGAGAUGGGUUUGUGUCUAAGUAUAAAACAAGCAUAAAAAAUAAGAGUGCCUCUUCAGAUGAUGCAGAGAGAAAUGCCAAAAUCUUUCUGCACGGUCAAGAAGUUCAGAGAGAAAAGGUACUAAAGGACUUGAAUCAGAAAAUAAAUGGCAAUAGUUAUACAGAGAUGAAUUUAGCAUUAGCUAAGAUUCAGUUGAAAUCAGACCUCAUUGUAAAGAAUCUGGCUGAUUCAUAA